UUGAGAUCCGCGGCUGUUCUUGCCUCCAGUUUCAGCAAGAACUGUGCUGGACAGAGUCAGAUUGUUGUUGGUAAGGGUCCAUGCGAGACUUGGGGUGAAAACAUGUCUGGCCAUUUCUCUGUGAGGAUCCUUGCUGUCAGAGAUGGCAUUUUGGUCCACCACUCCAGUUUUUACCUCUAAAGUGCCUCGAAAGAUUGUAUUCAUGUUCACUCUCUCCCUCUCUGUCACCUGCUUAUUCUACAGUUUGAUGAGCUGUUACAGCACCCUGCAGUUCCCCCUGCAAGAAAACUACCUCUACCAAACCAGGCUAGUGACAGAAGAGUCCACUUUGGCUGCGUUACGAAAAAAACUUUAUUCUGCCACAUCAUCACAGGGCUAUUUCAGCGAAAAUGUGGCACAAAGCACCACUGAGCAGACGCUGACAGCGGGCUAUGCAGUCUCCGUCGCAGUCAUUAAAGGCAUCGGUACUCUGGAAACUGAGGAGAGGGCGACGGGCUGGGUCAAAAGUCAGCUGGCUCCCACAGAAAUGAUCACGGGUCGAAAUGUCGUUUUCGAGAGGGAGCAGCACCAGGAAUCCAGAACCACGGACGACGAACUAAUACGAAGAGGGAAUAGUACAGCCACUCCCGAUUAUGGGGAGAAAAAGUUACCCCACGCCAUUAUUAUUGGAGUGAAGAAAGGGGGUACCAGGGCUCUUUUGGAAGCCCUGAGGGUCCACCCUGACGUGAGGGCAGUAGGGGUAGAGCCGCACUUCUUUGACAGGAACUACGAGAAGGGAUUCGCCUGGUACAGAAGAACGAAGAACAGGCGUACAGGGGCACACAGAUCUACUAGGACUGUGAUCGAGAUCAUUGACAUGGAUUUUGCUUAA